AUGGCAUCACUUUCUUCAUCAACUCAUUUUUGUUCAUCAUCAUCAGCUUAUUCAAAUUCUUCGUCUCUUAGGUUUAAUCAUCAUCAUUAUUAUAUCAGCAACUUAGAAUUUUCUGCAAUUUCUCCUAAACAUCUGGGCUCAAAAAAGAUUUCUUUACAAUCUAACAGCCGCCCAUCUUCAAAUGCCAUUCUAAUGCAAGAAGGUGCCGUAGCCAGAACAGCCACCAUAGUUGAAAAUGAACCUCCUACGAAAAAAUUGAAAGAUGGGUUGUUGUCAGCUUCUUCUCCAGAGAAACAUAAAGAGCCAAUUGGAUUUGAUGUAAACAAUGAUAAAUCCACUGUCAGCAUUACAGUUGUUGGGGCCUCUGGUGACCUUGCCAAGAAGAAGAUAUUUCCUGCACUUUUUGCACUUUAUUACGAGGAUUGCCUCCCCGAGCAUUUUUCAAUCUUUGGUUACGCCCGUAGUAAGAUAUCUGAUGCUGAACUAAGAAACAUGGUUAGCAAGACUCUUACUUGCAGAAUUGACAAAAGGGAAAAUUGUGGUGAAAAGAUGGAACAGUUCCUAAAAAGAUGUUUCUACCACUCUGGUCAAUAUGAUUCGAAGGAAAAUUUUGUGGAACUUGAUGAGAAACUGAAGGAACAUGAGGGUGGAAGAGUUUCCAAUCGACUUUUCUACUUAUCGAUCCCACCAAACAUUUUCAUAGAUGCUGUAAGAUGUGCGAGUGUCUCUGCAUCUUCUGUGAAUGGCUGGACGAGGGUCAUUGUGGAGAAACCUUUUGGUCGGGAUUCUGAAUCCUCAGCUGCUUUGACUAGAUCUCUCAAGCAAUACUUGGAGGAAGAUCAAAUUUUCAGGAUAGAUCACUAUCUUGGGAAGGAGCUAGUAGAGAAUCUUUCUGUUCUUCGCUUCUCAAACCUUAUAUUUGAGCCCUUGUGGUCGAGGCAGUAUAUAAGGAAUGUUCAGUUUAUUUUCUCUGAAGAUUUCGGCACUGAAGGAAGAGGAGGUUACUUUGACAAUUACGGGAUAAUAAGAGACAUAAUGCAAAAUCAUCUACUUCAAAUAUUGGCCCUCUUUGCCAUGGAAACACCUGUCAGUUUGGAUGCAGAAGAUAUUAGAAACGAAAAGGUUAAAGUUUUGCGUUCCAUGAGGACUUUAUCUAUGGAUGAUGUGGUAAUUGGACAGUACAAGAGUGACACAAAAGGAGGCAUCACCUACCCAGCAUAUACAGAUGACAAAACCGUACCAAAAGACAGCCUAACUCCAACUUUUGCUGCGGCAGCACUUUUCAUAGACAACGCGAGAUGGGAUGGAGUGCCUUUUCUAAUGAAAGCUGGGAAAGCUUUGCAUGAUAGGAGGGCUGAGAUAAGAGUGCAGUUUAGACAUGUCCCUGGUAAUUUAUACAAUAGGAACUUUGGGACUGAUCUUGACCGAGCGACAAAUGAGCUUGUUAUACGUGUUCAGCCUGAUGAAGCAAUUUAUUUGAAGAUCAACAACAAAGUUCCUGGGCUGGGAAUGAGAUUGGACCGAAGUAAUCUUAAUCUUCUAUACAAAGCAAGAUACUCCAAGGAGAUCCCUGAUGCAUAUGAGAGACUUCUUUUGGAUGCCAUCGAAGGUGAAAGGAGACUUUUCAUCCGAAGUGAUGAAUUGGAUGCUGCUUGGGCAUUAUUUACUCCUCUUUUGAAAGAGCUCGAAGAUAAGAGAUUAAUUCCCGAGUAUUAUCCUUAUGGAAGUCGAGGUCCGGUUGGGGCCCACUAUCUUUCAGCCAAGUACAAUGUCAAGUGGGGGGUCGAUGAAUGA